AUGAUUUCCUCUUAUUUUUCAGGGGAAACUUGACAAAUAAUUUUUCGUUCACCCAUAAGUAAUAAUUUUUCGAGCAUGGCAAACAAAACAAAGAUAGGGACCCACAUGGAACUCCCGCUCGAAAGAAUGAUUUCCCCUUAUUUUUCAGGGGAAACUUGACAAAUAAUUUUUCGUUCACCCAUAAGUAAUAAACAUAAUUUGUUUAAAAAACGAAGAAUUUUUACAGAGAAUCAGAGAUCUAGGAAGAGGAAUACAAGGCCGGAGCCGGAAACUCAAAACGACAUAGCUUCCAAAACACCCAAGCGACCCGGGAUCGAUUCUUUCAUCCGCCAAUUUUCACAAAAUUUUCCCUAAUUCAGAAAAAUUUCGAUUGAACACAAUGAGUGAGGUAUUUGAUGGAUACGAGAGGCAAUACUGCGAGCUCUCUGCAAAUCUAUCCAAGAAAAGCACUUCAGCUAGUCUUCUGAACGGAGAGCAAAAGAAACAAAAACUUUCAGAGGUUAAAGUAGGACUGGAUGAAGCCGAGUCUUUGAUUCGUAAAAUGGAUCUUGAGGCAAGAAGUUUGCAGCCUAGUGUAAAGGCCAAUCUGCUUGCCAAACUGAGGGAAUACAAAUCUGACCUGAACAACUUGAAAAGAGAUGUGAAGAAGGCUUCCUUAGCUGAUUCGCAAAGUGCAAGAGAUGAGCUGCUUGAAUCUGGAAUGAGUGAUGCAUUAAUGGCAUCAGCAGAUCAAAGGGGGAGAUUAUUGAUGUCAACUGAGAGGCUUAACCAGUCUACUGAUCGGAUCAAAGAGAGUAAGAGAACCAUAUUAGAAACAGAAGAACUUGGGGUUUCCAUCCUUCAGGACCUGCACCAACAGCGACAAACACUUCUGCACACACAUGAUACGCUUCAUGGUGUUGAUGACUACAUAGGCAAGAGCAGGAAGAUAUUAACGUCAAUGACAAGGAGAAUGAACCGAAACAAAUGGAUUCUUGGUGGACUUAUUAGUGUUCUCGUUGUUGCAAUCAUUCUGAUUGCAUAUUUUAAAAUUACUCACUAAUUACAGGUCGUAUGCAUGAUUUGAUUCAGAAUAAAUUGUUAUGCCCGAUGUUGACCUGUGGCAGCUUUCUUGUAAAUUAAAUAUGCUAUGUUUAUCAAUCAUUAUGACUAUCCCAACUUGUGUACCAAGUGGAUUGCAGGUUUUGGCAACUUUGUAUUGCUCCAUAUUGAAUACCAAGAAGAUUUUUCUGUA